UUCGCGGCUAAGCGGUGCCGAGCGUCGCACAGUCGCGACGGCAGCCACCGGCGCGCGGUUAUACCCCCUUUUCUUCAAACCUGCACACGCAACCCCGCACCGCUACGUUCGGCGCACGUUUUGCCUGUCUCCACGACGGCGAGGGAACGUUGCCCCAGGUUGCGAGAGAGAGGGCGUCCUCCGCGGCCGCCUGCCGCCACCCCCCUCCGGCAUUCAUCCCCGGAGAAAGAGAGAGAGAGAAAGAGAGAGCGAGAAAGAGACAGGGAGAAAGAGAGAGAGAAAGAGGGAGGGAGAGAGAGGGAGAAAGAGAGCGGCGUCGCCGUCGGCGUCUUCGAGAAUCGGUUGCCUCCUUUCAUCAGGGCAACGGCGGCGUCCGAUCCGGCAUCGUUCUUUUAACGUCGCGGCGGUGCACGUGGCGCGCGCGGCACGCGGUGCUUCGAGAGAAAGAGAGAUAGAUAGGUAGACAGUUAGGUGGAUAGGUAGCAAGCGCGAGAGCUAGAGAAGUCGAGAAGACUGAGAGGGCGAGGGGAGAAAGAGGAAAAGAGAAAGAAACAGAGAGAGAGAGAGAGAGUGGUACAGAGGGAGGAGAGAGAGGCGGAAAAGGGGUAGAGGUGACAGAGAGACCGAAAGGGGGCGGGCGGGAGGAAAGAGGGUAGAGACGAAAAGAAACGGAGGAGCUGCGUCCCGACGGAUAGAGGAAAUCAACAAAGAGAGCCAAAAGGAGCGUCGUAUCUUCCUUCCAUUUUUUUCUGUCAAUCCUAUCACGUAAAGAAGGACGGAGGAACCGAAGGCCACGAGUGAACCGACGAGGAGGAAGCGGGACAUGCUGGAACCACGCUGGAGACCCGUCCAGGGACACAUUGGUGAAAAUCCGUUCGACAACGGUUCGUGGGGAAAGGAGCACUUUCAGCCAUCGACAGUUCCCUGGCAGCUGAAUCCGCGCAGCCACGGUCGUCCUAGUGACGAUGGCAUAAUGGAUCAUGACACAGACGGAGACGGCGCGAUCAACUUGUCAACGUCACAACGACCCUCCGCCGCCACCACCCCUAAUGGUGAUACUCCCACUUACGGCCAAGAUCAACAAGACAACGAUCAGGCUACUUCGCUGUUUGCAGCCCUGAAGCAGCAGCAACAGCAAUCGCGCGACAGCGUCUUCUCGUCGCGGGACCGCGAGUGCCGCGACAGGGAUCGCCUAUCUACGGUCCGUAAUCGCGACUCCGGUAGAGGCAAUAUAACGGAGACCGGCAGCGGCGGCGGAGGCGGCGGCGGCGGCGGUGGCAGCGGCGUUGCUGAUCAACAACAGCAACAGCAGCAGCAAGAUCUUAGCAUCGAGUACCAAAGCAAUGGGAAGCUCAGUCCCGCCGGACACGCAGUGACACCAGCACCCAUGACCCAGCAAAAGCAACCAAUCAUCACGCAGCAGUCGCAACAGCCUAGCUCAGGGGCACCGGGGCCCCAACCUAGCCCGCAUCAGAGCCCGCAAGCCCCACAGAGGGGUUCGCCGCCGAAUCCUUCCCAGGGCCCGCCACCCGGUGGCCCGCCAGGGGCUCCGCCGUCGCAGACCCCCUCGCAGAUGAUGCUCAGCUCGGCGAGCGGCCUUCAUCAGAUGCAACAACUGCUGCAGCAACACAUACUCAGUCCCACGCAACUGCAGUCUUUUAUGCAGCAGCACACGUUGUACAUGCAGCAACAGCAACAGCAACACCAUCAGGAUUCAUCUUCCGAUCAUGCAUCUAAUCAGGAGCGGUUCGGUUACUUCUCCUCUUUAAAGAAUCAUCAGCAUCAGCUGGCUGAGCUCAAUAAGAAGCAAUUGGAGCAGGCAAUGCAGCAACUGCAGGAGCAAUUGCAGCUGAACUUAUUUCAGCAGACGCAUUUAUUGCAAACGGCGGACAAAAAGAAAGCAUCGGCGCCUCUCCAGCAACUAGCGAUUCAGCAACAGCAGCUGAUACAGCAACUGCAAAUUACACAAAGGCAAUAUCUGUUGCAGCAGGGGCUGAGUCUUCAAGGCCAUAAUCCUUCUUCAGGUUUGCCACCAAGUGAUAAUCUACCGUCAUGGAAGUCAGAGCCCUCGGAUACGCCGGAAUCUCAUCAGAAUUCCAAUGUGCCGAAAUCCAAUUCUGGAUUGAACGGCAUUCUGAAUUCGAUAGCUUCGAGCCGACGGUCCGAGGUGAACGGCACAACACCGAUGGACGAGAAGCCGCUGGAUGCCUCCUGCAACGACAAGGUUCAUCCCCUCUAUGGCCAUGGGGUUUGCAAGUGGCCAGGCUGUGAAGUAAUUUGUGAAGACUAUCAAGCAUUCCUUAAACACUUAAAUACAGAGCACACAUUGGAUGACCGAUCGACAGCACAAGCCAGGGUCCAGAUGCAAGUAGUGUCGCAGCUAGAAAUUCAGUUGCAAAAAGAGCGAGAUCGACUAGGUGCCAUGAUGCAUCACUUGCACAUGGCAAAACAAAUGGCUUCCCCGGAACCGCCAAAGUCAUCCGAGUCAUCGACGGGCUCAAAUUUACCAAAGCUAAAUUUUUCCACUGCGCUAAUGAGUCAGCCGCCACCCAAUUUCGGGGUCUCUCAGGUGUCACCAGUAUCCAUGUCCGCGCUGGUGUCCGCCGUGAGGUCGCCCGCGGGUGGUCAGCUACCUCCGUCGUUAAACACCCCCGUUGGCAGUGCCCCGAUGCCGCUUCCGACCAUACCCAACAUGUCCAGUUUACCGCCCAUGCCCAACAUGCCUGGCAGCAUGCCAAGUAUGGCUGGCCCAAUCAGACGGCGUAUCAGCGAUAAAUCGGCUCUUUCUUUGGCAGGAGGACUGUAUGACGAGGGCACUGUAAGGCGCAGAGUAGCCGUCGAUAGAUCUGGAAUAGAUAUUAACGAAGAAAUUCAGCGAAAUAGAGAAUUCUACAAGAAUGCAGACGUCAGACCGCCGUUCACGUAUGCAUCCUUAAUUCGGCAGUCUAUCAUCGAAUCACCCGAGAAGCAGCUGACGCUCAACGAAAUUUACAACUGGUUCCAAAACACAUUCUGCUACUUCCGGCGCAACGCAGCAACGUGGAAGAACGCGAUCCGCACCAAUCUAUCAUUGCACAAGUGUUUUGUGCGCUAUGAGGACGACUUCGGGUCAUUCUGGAUGGUGGACGACGCCGAGUUCGUAAAGCGGCGGCAUCUGUCCCGCGGCCGCCCCAGGAAAUAUGACCCAACCCCAUCACCCACUCCACCCCACCUCUCCGCACAGGGUGUACCAUCGAAGAGCCCAACACUGACGCAUAGUCCAACUAUGUACGGUGACGCGCUUAACGCCAACCUGCAGUAUUUCCAGGCGCUCGGAGAGUCUAACAUGGGAUUUUUGAAUCCGAUGUGCACGUCAACAGCGACAAGUCCUGAUAAGGAACAUGUGUUACCUCAUAACGACUUAAUGUCGCCGCUGGAUGAACCGGCCGUGCACAUAAAGCAGGAGAGCCAGAGUCCGGAAGGAGGGAAGCAUACGAGAUUAAUAAAGCGCGAGCUGCCGGACGGGCCCAUGGAGCAGGAGACGGAGGAGGAUCAGGCGGACGAGAGAGAAUACUCGGAGAGCCACGGCCACGACUCCGGCCAGGAUGAGGAUAUCGCGGAGGACCUGUCGAUGGCGCCCGACAUAAUGAUCCCGGAGGAUCAGGUCGAGGCGUAGUAUCGCUCCGUCGCAAUGAACCGAUAAAAACGAGAUGUAUACUAAGUGUCCCGUUUGUUCGGUCGCGCGAAGAGAGAGGAGCCCCUUCUACGUUGACCAGGGUAGAGUAGAGGACGGAGGUAGAUGAACGAGGAGCGAGUAAAAUGGGAAGAGCAGAGAUUCGAAGAGGAACGACGAAGGCCCUCCAGGACCACCCACUCCCUCCGCACUCCUUCUUCGUACGAGUCCCCCCUCAACGUAUCAUAUCUGUGCCGCGACGUCCCAAUGGCGGCUUUAAGGUAACGAUAAAGGAGCCAAUCGAAUUUGUGAGAAGGACACUGUGUCGAUUUAAGCGGCGACGGUGGCGGACGACGUACCACCGAUGUCUCACAGCAGCGUCGACGUCCGACGUCCGGAGCGUCGUAAUCUCGGCGAUAUUUUCGGGAGCGAGAUCCUUCGAUCCAUAUCCUUACUCAAGCAAUUGCGAACAACGAUGUAUUUUAUUUUCCUCUCGAUCUUUUUUCCGUUCCGGAGCCGCGGUUAUAUCUAAUAGACACAUAUACAUAAAAUAUAUACAUAUAUCUUUCUCUCUCUCUCUCUCUCUUUCUCUCUCUCUCUCUCUCGUGUACAUUGCAUUAGAAAUUAAUGUAGCGACGAUAGGGCACCGCGCACGGCGCGCCUUGCGGUCGGCGCGCCUUACCGGGCGCCCCGGAAAUGCGACGGGAAGCACCCUUCGCCGGAGGAACCGAUGGCUUCGCGAUUUAUGCACGCGUGCAUAGAUGAGAUAUUCGCUAUGACGAGCCACUCCAUCAAGUUCUAAACUUUUUUUGCAUUUUAUCGAAUGAGCACAAAAUUUUAUUACAAUUGAUUAUAAACAAAAAAAAAGAUAUGUAUAUAUAUAUUUACAUAUACAGGAUGUUCCGUAAUUGGUAACACAACCGGAAACGGGAUUCUGUAUGAAGAAAUAAAUCGAAAACGUGGAAUAAAAUUUUUUCACACGAUGCAUUGAUUUCCGAGAAUUUGAAAAUUGUUACACUUUGACAUAAAAUAUUUCGUAAACUAUUUAUUUUUUGGUAACGAUAUUUUUACGCACAGAAUAAUGAGCUGAAUCAGCAGAAUGAAGUUAUAACGCAAACAUAUAUGAUUUUAAAAAAAUUAUACUAUACGCAAUAUUCAAUUAUAUAUUUUUUAAAGGCAAUUGUGUACUUUCUUUAUAUUGAUUGAUUCAUCUCGUUAUUGCAAUUAUCAAAAAAUAAAUAGUUUAUGAAGUAUUUUGUAUUUUAUAUCAAAAUGUGUCAAUUUUUAAAUUCGAUUACCUUGGAAAAAUGACGCAUCAUACGAAAAAAUUUUAUUCUACGUUUUCGACUUAUUUUAUCAUAUAGAAUUACUCUCUUUUUCGCAAUUCUCAGUUACGAACUGAAAUACUCUGUAUAUGUUGAGUGAAAUAGUUUAUACUAUACGAUAUUUUGUACUUUGCAUUCAAAGGAAGUUAAACUGUUUUCGUUUUAAUUACAAACGUAAUUAUUCGAUAAUUCGCUAAUUGUCUAAAUUGUUUCGCAUACGAAAUAACGUGCCAUAUUCGUCGGUACCUUUCAACAAUUCGGAUCUUUUGAUAAAAUCUAAAUCGCAAGGGAAGCAACGCGCGGUUCCGCCGGAGAAGCGAAUCGAUCGGACAGUCCGGCGGGAUUAAAUCUAGGAAAUAAAUCGAUGAAGCCGUGAUGGUAGUGGUGGUGGUGGUGGGUACGUACGGGAGCGACUGAGUUUAGUCUUUAAGGCGUUCGCUCAGCGAGCGAAGAGCAUUGUGUUAUUCUCGCGAUUAAGCGGGUCCUCCUACCCUCGAAGAGGCCCCGGUGUAUCAAACACACGCGGAUACACAAUACACACGGACGUGCGCGCAUACACACAUGCAUACACAGAGGCACGCACGCACACAUACACACGCUACACACACACACACACACACACACACACACACACACACACGCACACAAAUUAAAGUAAGAAUCGCAUCCGUGACGAAACCGGAUGCGUCCCGGCGUACCCGUCCGCUACACUUGGUAGCACUCUGUAUAGUCUAGCGAAGUUGAUCGUAAGUAGUUUCGUAUUCAUUAAAUGAUAAUUAAUCGGUCGAAGAGAAAGAAGAGAACAGCCGAGAGGCGGUCGAUGUGUUUGUAAAUGAGCGCUACGAUACGCGAUACACGCGUGCGCGCGUGAGAGACGAUCUUUCAAAUUACUUUCCGAUCGAGUCGGUCAGGAAUCCCGCGAUGCAGAACGAUAUUAUAGGUGUACGUAGCUCCGCGCGACACGAUCGAUGACACUCGAGCGAACGCUACGAACCAGGGAUAAGUGGGAAGAUCGCUAACGCGACGUUUUAUAUUAUUAACGUAUAUACACCACACGGCAAACGAAAUUCCAGAUUUGGCGCUAACAUCUCGACGGAUUUUUUUGUACGAUAAAUAUAUAUAUAUAUACAUAUAUCAUUGUUUCUAAGGUAUAGGAUAGACUCAGCACCGUGGCGAGAUGGUGCUUUUCAGGUUCCAACGCAUUGAAAGCUAGCAUUUCAACGUCUUGGACAAUUAACGUAAAAAUUUCGAGUUGUUAGGUAUUACGCGUUCAAGAAGAUUAUAUUAUAGUUAUUAGCACUUCCUUCUGUGAUACGUGACGAGUAUAUAGUAAGACCACUAUAUUUAAUUAUAUAUAUACAUAUAAUUAAGGGACUUAUAUAUAUAUCUAUACGUUACAAGUCGUUUUUGGUUGCUAAGUCUAUUGUAUAUCAACGUUUCCGUAUCAAUUACAGGCAAUUGAUGUAUGUCACGCUAUAUCGAAUCGAAUGUGGAAAAAAAAUAUUGCAUAAGACGAUGGCAAGGUAUCACGUUAAUGAUCUCCCUACUUCUCUAAGCAUGAAGUCUAUAAAUAAAUUAAAAAGGUACUAUGCAUAUAUACAUAUAUUAAUACGUAUACGUAUCGAAAUUGUAAGGAAUUAGAUGUCGACAGCCCUCUCCAUCCAAAUUUUCUCCCCCAUCCCCGUCCAAUCCUAGUCCUAUAUGCACCACACACACACACACACACACACACACACACACACACACACACACACACACACACACACACACACACACACACACACACACACACACACACACACACACACACACACACACACACACACAAUCGAGGCCAGUAAAUCUUUUGUAAAGUGCGCGGUUUCCGAAUCCCGAAACGCAAGUGUAGAAUCUAUACGGCAAAUACUUUAAAUUGUACUGAUAAUUUUUCAAAUUUCUCUUGAGCUGUCAGUAUAUCUUUGGUCUCUCUGUGUAUUUUCAACACAUUUGUCCAGCUUUAAAGCUUGUUUAAUCACACAAAACAUUUGCAUCAAUUCUGUGCAAUGACUGGUGGAGACGAAAGGCACACUUAUAUAUUUUGUUAGAUCGUAACGAAGUAUUUUGUACAAUUUAGAAAUUUAUUUACAAGUUAUUAUUUACAAGAAAUAUAAGUAAUGUUUUAUCUUGAAAUAUAUUUAACUUUGAGUUAAAUAGAACUUUGUGGCAUCGUCAAAUAUUGUAGGAUGUUAAAAAAAAGGGUUGGAAGAGAAUCUUCCACAUUAUUCAAUAUCUGUUGUCACAGUUGUCCAAUUUUAGUUUUAAUUGUGAAUUUCAAUUACAACGAUUCUAAUUUUAUUGAUUGUUUUACUUGCGAUGUGAAUAAGAAAGGAGAAGAUAUUAAGUUAAGGUUUUACGGCCAAAAUAAAAAAAAUAGAGAUGUACAAAUUAUACAUCAUAUUAAAGAUCUACUUAAGCGGAGUCGAGUGGUGUACUAAUUAACUUGGAAGAAAUAUUAGAAACAUGGGAGAAAUUUUUAUUUCGUCUUUGAAAUUCUUAAAUUUAAAUCUAAAAAAACAUUAUAAAACUUUUACAGUAAAUACUAUAUGCAUAUCUUCAGGAUAUAUCAUAGUAACGCACGGAGGUAUUAAAAGUAUAAAAAAAAAACAAUGAUGACACUUUCAUGUUUUAUUAGGCUGCGUUCCACUUGACACUCGUAACGCUUGCAAGCAUUAUUUGUCCUUGAUUAGCAUUUGAUAAACAACAAAGAUGAAAUGAUUCAACAAGCGUUACGAACGAUAAGCAGAACUGAUUGUGACUAAUGAUCUACUUGGAGAUUUUCCAACGAUUGGCAAGCCAAGAGUCGAAAAAUUGUUUGAUUUUAAAUCCUAGCUUCAAAUAACGAACAUGCUUACUUGUAUACGCGUUGAAAUAAUAAUAAAAUUUUUAUUGUUCAAUUCUUAAUUUUUUUUUAAUAAAUAUGAUAGCAUAUUUAUUGUUUUUGAUUAUGCUUUCUUUCAUGUUUCCUCAAGGUAAGCGAUAUACCAUUCGACUCUGUUUAAGUAACUUUUUAAUACGAUAUAUAAUUUAUACAUCUUGAAACGUUUUUAUUUUAGUCGAAAAAACAAUCUCAACUUAACAUCCUCCUUUCACGACGAGUCUUUUUUAGGCGAGCGAUGCUAAUUGUAAAACGAGUUUUGAGAAGGUAACGUGACAUUGUUUUUCGCGCGUCGUCUCUUCUAAAUGGUAUCUUUCUUUUCACUAUUAUUGUUGUAAAACAAGCAGUCAAAAUCCGGCAUCUUGAACUACAAUUAGUUUGGAGCUCACAAUAAAAACUUCCAAAUUUUUGCAGUCUAGUUAUAAGUUGCAGAAGUAACGUUAAAUUUGAUUAAAGGAUGAUACUAUUCAUCCUUUGUCUCUAUUCGUCAGUCCACUCGUCAAUAAGCACAGGUAUCUUUUUUUUCAUUUCGAGGAACUGAAUUGUAAUAACGAGAAUUUAUAGAGUACUUCGUUAAACAAUCAAAUAAAAAUAAAAAGAUAUGAUAUUAUUGAUAUGCUACGAAUAUUACAAAUUUUGUAUUUAAAUUGGAAAUUUUUGACGGUCAAAAUAAUUGACUAGACGUGCACAUAUAGCUUGAGUAAAUCUUUUUCCGUAAGUUGUCUGCAAUUUUUAUUAUCACAACUUUUUAUACACAUUGCAUAUUUGCAAUAUAUGCUGUUAAAUAGCUUUAUUUAGUUAUUGCAAUCAUUGUUUUAUUAAAAAAAAACAUCAAAUAAAAGAAACAUUUAUUAUAUAUUAAUAAAAAAUACUUAUAUGUUAAAAUUAUUAAUUACAUAUUAAUAAUUUAUUACUAAUUAUAAUUUAAAAAAACAUUUCUUCAUUUUCAUAAUUAAUUGUUGAACAUUGACAGAGUAAAACAUUGCUAGAAUUGUGUAAAUUUCGCGUUUCAAGUGAGAUAAGUAACUUUAAAUCGAUACGGCCCAGCUUUAAUUAACAAGACAUACAUAUCUGCGUUGUGAGGCUUGACAGACUUGUCGCUAAAUAAUUUAAAAACAAUGAAAUUGAUAUUUGCAUGUACUUGUCCCGAGUGUAAAUCUCUCCGCACGGUUAAGAAGAAUAAUUAAAUCACACGCGCAUAGAAGGAAA